AUGAAUAACGGCAGUGCACCAGAUACGGUAACUGGUGGAAAAACUCUCGAACUCACUGAAUAUGAUCGGUACCGGCGUCCACACAAAGCCAUUUCGGAUUCGACGGAGAUACGAAUCAGUACGCGAAUGCUUUCAUCCGAACUCUGUUGUCCAAUAUGUUUAGACCUACUGACAACAACGAUGACAACAAAAGAAUGUUUGCAUCGAUUUUGUAGCGAGUGUAUUACAACUGCGUUGCUUCGAGGCAAUAAGGAAUGUCCUACGUGUCGAAAAAAAUUGGUGUCUAAACGAUCGCUUCGUCCAGAUCCGAACUUUGAUGCUUUAAUUAAUAAAAUUUGGCCGGAUCGACAAAUUUAUGAACAAAUGCAGCAAAGAGCAAUGGAAAUGUUUCAUCAACAAAGUAACGUAGAGGCAUUGCAAAAGAGUAUUGAAGCAGGCAUGAAAGCACAAGCUGCCAAUCGACGCCAACGUGUUCAAGGCUCAUAUGACUACGAAAAAAGAAAACGACGCCCUCGUAGUGAUGUUCAUGACCGUUCUUAUAAUAAUUCUCCUGAUAGCAAUUCACCAGAAGGCAGUGGUGAAGGCGAUGAGAACGAUCUUCAUACAAGACAUGAUGAAUCGAUUUCUGGAGCAAACACGUCUGCUAGCAGUAUUACCAACCAUGUUAGUGCGGCUAAUGGUACGGUCAGUUCACGAGUUCACUCACAUCGGGAUAUUUCAAGCAGCAGUACAGAUUCUGAUUCUUUCUCUUCGACCACUGAUACUUCUGAUACUACGGACACUUCUGACUCAUCAAGCAGUAUUUCAGCUCCUACACGACCAAAUUCUAUUGCAAAUUUGGACAGUCACCCUCUUGUGCCACCACUUAAUGCAUGUACACUAAAAGAUCGCAUGCACAAAUGGCUUGCUGAAAAUCCAUCAUCACCUUUAACUCCCGAUGAAGGGAUGGGCGAACAAUUGGAAAGACGACUCGAUGAAGAUAUUGAUUUUGCGGUUACACGUACAGAUGGUGAAUUUAUUGAGAUUGAAGCCGAAUUGCUACCUGCAAAAUCGUUAUUCAAACGACCGACUGUAGCACCAUCGCUAUUAAAUCGACGUUAUAUUCGAACAAGAGAGGAUACUACGAUGGAGCAUCUUGGUGAAUUCUUAUAUCAAGUAUGUAGUGCAGAAUAUCGAGAAGGGCAGCAGAGAAAUUCAUCUGAGUUAAAGGAUUUUUCUGUUGAAAAUACCAUUACUUCCUCUCCAAUACAACAAUCGUCAGCAAGUGCUGUACAGCGACCCGAACAUUUUUAUGUUUAUAGUCGGGUUGGCGGUAGAAGUGUGAAUAAAAUAUUUGGCAAUGAGACGGUUUUAUCGGCAUUACAUACUCAAAGACGCGGAGACCAUCUGAUGAUAUUUUUCGAUAUCGCACCUUUGGAUCUGCAUAGCAAAUCUGUGCUUGAGGAAAUUGUUUAUGACGAUUUUUUAAAGUAG